GCUGGCCGGGACCGCUUUCCCGAGAACGAGCACCCGCUGAGGCUGCUGAGAAGCCAAGGGGCAGGCUCGGGCAGCUCCCCAGCGGCUCCCGCAGUGAUACAACUUGAGAAAUAACAAGGAGGGGCGGCUCAGCGUCUCUGAGUCCAAUCCUGUCUCGGGAGUGAACACGCUCCCGGGCAAGUAAGCCUGAAAGAGGCCCUGACGACUUAAAGAUUAUCAGCCAAGAGAAGCGCACCUCCGGCGCCGCUGCAUCACUGCGAGUUCUGGCCUCUCGCAUCCAGCCAGGCGUCCUCCUCCCGGCCCCGCGCCCCGAUGGCAGCCGCCGGGUCCCGGAGCUCCCUGCGCGGAGCCAGAGGUCAGCUGCUGCUGACCCUCUUGGUCUUCAGUUUUGCUUGUGAAGCCUGCAGAAAGGUGAUAUUUAAUAUACCUUCCAAACUAGAGGCAGACAAGUUGGUUGGCAGAGUUGAUUUGAAAGAGUGCCUCAGGUCUGCAGACCUCAUCCAGUCCAGUGACCCUGAUUUCAGAGUUCUAGAGGAUGGGACAGUAUACACAGCCCGCACUGUUGUGUUGUCUGAUGAGAAAAGAUCAUUCACUAUAUGGCUUUCUAACACAAAGGCACAGACGCAGAAAGAGCUUCCGGUGCUCCUGAAACAUCAGAAGAAGGUCCUCAGGAAAAGAAACACCAAAGAAACUAUUCUCAGGCGUUCCAAGAGGCGAUGGGCCCCUAUUCCGUGCUCAAUGCAAGAGAAUUCCUUAGGCCCUUUCCCGUUGUUGCUCCAACAGGUUCAAUCUGAUGCGGCACAGAACUAUACUAUCUUCUACUCAAUAAGUGGACGUGGAGUUGACCAAGAACCUUUAAAUUUGUUUUUCAUAGAAAGAGACACUGGAAAUCUGUACUGUACCCAGCCAGUGGAUCGUGAAGAAUAUGAUGUUUUUGAUCUGAUUGCCUAUGCAUCAACUGCAGAUGGGUAUUCAGCAGACCUGCCUCUUCCACUGCCCAUCAGAGUGGAGGAUGAAAAUGACAACUACCCUAUUUUCACAGAAGAAGUUUAUAAUUUUGAAGUUCUAGAAAGCAGUAGACAUGGUACUACAGUGGGAGUUGUUUGUGCCACGGACAAAGAUGAACCAGACACGAUGCAUACACGCCUGAAGUAUAGCAUUUUGAAUCAGACACCAAGAUCACCUGGGCUCUUUUCUGUGCAUCCCAGCACAGGUGUAAUCACCACAGUCUCUCAGAAUUUGGACAGAGAGGUUGUAGACAAGUACUCAUUGAUAAUGAAAGUCCAAGACAUGGAUGGUCAGUUUUUUGGGUUGACGACUACAGCAACUUGCAUCAUAACAGUGAAAGAUUCAAAUGACAAUUUACCCACUUUCAGACAAAAUGCUUAUGAAGUAUCCGUAGAGGAAAACACAGUCAAUAAGGAAAUCUUGCGAAUACCUGUAGAAGAUAAGGAUUUAAUUAACACUGCCAAUUGGAGAGCCAAUUUUACUAUCUUAAAGGGCAAUGAAAAUGGACAUUUCAAAAUCACUACAGACAAAGAAACUAAUGAAGGUGUUCUCUGUGUUGUAAAGCCACUGAAUUAUGAAGAAAACCACCAAGUGGUCUUGGAAAUCGGCCUAAGUAAUGAAGCUCCAUUUUCUAGAGAUGCCGCCCUCAGGAUGACAACCAUGAACAGAGCCUUGGUCACGGUUCACGUGAAGGAUCAGGAUGAAGGGCCCGACUGCAGCCCUGCAGUCCAAUAUGUACGGAUUAAAGAAAACUUGGCUGUGGGCUCAAAGAUCAAUGGCUAUAAGGCAUAUGACCCUGAAACUGGAAGGAGCAGUGGUUUAAGGUACAAAAAAUUGAAUGAUCCCAAAGGAUGGAUCACCAUUAACGAAAUUUCGGGGUUGAUUGAAACUUCCAAAACAUUGGACAGAGAGGCCGCAGGUCCCAGAAAAGAUUUGUAUAAUAUUACAGUCAUGGCAAUAGAUCAAGACGGUAGAUCAUGCACUGGAACCCUUGCAGUUGACAUUGAAGAUGUGAAUGAUAACCCACCAGAAAUCCUGCAACAUUAUCUAGUAAUUUGUAAACCAAAGAUGGCGUAUACUGACAUUUCAGCCACUGAUCCUGACGAGUCCAUCAAUGGCGCUCCGUUUUAUUUCAGCUUGGCAAACGCUUCUCCAGAAAUCAACAGGCUGUGGACCCUCACCAGAGUAAAUGAUACAGCUGCCCGUCUCUCAUAUCGGAAAAAUGCCGAAUUUCAAGAAUAUUAUAUUCCUGUGACUGUAAAAGACAGAGCAGGUCAAUCUGCAAGGAAAACCUUGAGAGUAAAUCUCUGCGACUGCACACAUCCGAGUCAGUGUUACGCACGGAGUGCCAGAGUGGUCCUUGGCAAAUGGGCGAUCCUUGCAAUACUUCUGGGUAUAGCACUGCUUUUCUCUAUAUUGGCAACUUUAGUAUGUGGACUUGUUAAUGCUGGAAAAAGAAAAAGUUUUCCUGAAGAUCUGACACAGCAAAACUUAAUUAUAUCAAACACAGAAGCACCUGGAGAUGAUAAAGUGUGUUCUGCCAAUGGGUUUACGACCCAGACAGUCAACAGCUCCAGCCAAGGCUUCUGUGGUACUCUGGGAUCGGCAGUUAAAAACGGAGGGCAGGAAACCAUUGAAAUGGUGAAAGGAGGACACCAGACCUUGGAAUCGUGCCGGGGGAUGGGGCAUCAUCACACACUGGAUUCCUGCAGAGGGGGGGCCGUGGAGAUGGACAACACCAGAUACAGUUACUCAGAGUGGCACAGUUUCACGCAACCUCGUCUUGGUGAAGAAUCCAUUAGAGGACACACUGGUUAAAAAUUAAGCAUAAAAGAAAUUGCAUCUGUGUAAUCAGAAUGAAGACCACAUACCGUCUCAAGAUUAUGUUCUUACGUAUAACUAUGAAGGAAGAGGGUCUCCAGCGGGUUCUGUAGGGUGCUGCAGUGAAAAACAGGAAGAAGAUGGCCUUGACUUUUUAAAUAAUUUGGAAGCUAAAUUUACUGCAUUAGCAGAAACAUGUGCAAAGAGAUAAUGUUACAGUGCUACAAUUAGACACGUCUUGGUUAGACAUUCUGGAACUUCCCAAAAGGGAUAUUGUAAAAUUCAGUUUAUAUCUAUCUAUCUAGAUAGAUAGAUAUGUAUGAAUAUGUAUGAAAUUUUCUAAAAUUUUUGAAUUUCACUAUGCACUAAUUUGUAGUUCUAAAGCAACUUGUUACAUAUCUUUUCAAGAAGUCAAAAAUGUUAAAGCAGAUAUUGCCUCUUUUACUGCUGAGAAAAUAGACAACCAGAAGAUCUCAUGCUAUAGCACUGGAAUUGGGUCUAUAAAGGUCUACAUUACAAACAUCUUCCCAAUGACUACAUUGGGCAAAUAUAGUCCAAUAAUAAGAAGCCAUAGUUGAUUGGAUAUGGUAGAACAGCUCCGUGGGCUAGAAAUUCCAUCCUUCAUCCAGAUUUAGAUAAAAGUGGAAUAUUAAGUAUUACAGUAAAUUAUGUUGGAUUUUUUAGCUCUAAAAAAAAUCAGAGCACCUAGUCAUUUGCUCUGAAAGCUACUAGAAUUUUGUUUUCCUUCUAGGUAGCAAUUAGAGCAGUUCUGUCUACUCAAUCUCAUAAUAAGGUCUCAAAAACGCAUAACCACAAAAUUAAAAACUACACCAAGAAAAUGUAGGCCAAAACACUUUGUGUUUUUAUGCUUUUGAAAGUGUGUCUUGGAAUUCCCAUCUUGGCUCAGCGGUUAAUGAAUCUGACUAGCAUCCAUGAAGACACAGUUUCGCCCCCUAGCCUUGCUCAGUGGGUUAAGGAUCUGGCAUUGCUGUGAGCUGUGGUGUAGGUCACAGACGCUGCUGCUCUGUUCUUGCAUUGCUGUGGCUGUGGCAUAGGCCAGCAGCUACAGCUCCAAUUCGACCCCUAGCCUGGGAAACUCCAUAUGCCGAAAAUGUGGCCCUAAAAAGCAAGAAAAAAAUAAAAGGGUGUGUCUUAUGGUUUACAAAAGGAUUGUUAUGAGGAAUGUGUCCAGGUUUCCUUAAUAUUAAGAAACAAAACCAUAUUCACCAUGCAAAGAGUUGUUGCCAGUAUUGGAAUGAAAGAAACUAAAUAUCUAUUGAAAUUGUAAUCACAGGUCUUUUUCCUAAAAUUCAGGACUGCUAUUCAUAACUUGCUGGUAAUGAAAAUUAUGCCAAGAAAAUGUUGCUUUUCUUCUCUUGAGAAUUGUACUUUCAUAUUUUCAUUUGCAAGUUUAGCAUAUGUGGCUCUUUAUUUUCUCUCAGCAGUAGUCAUUUACAAUUAGAAUAUCUUAUUCUAGAUGGACUGUGGUUAUUCUAGAUGGACUGUGGUUAUGCCAUACAGUUAGCCUACAGAAAUGGACUCCUGUUAUAGUUACAAGCAGCAGCGAGUCUUAAACAUGCAUUUUUAUUCACAAUCAUUUUCAAAUAAAAUACAUUAUUCCUUACUAGAGCAGAUAAAUAUUACAAAAUGCUAGAAAGAAUCAAAGGAUAUAGGGAAAUUUAAAUCUCGGGUGCAACUUAAUAUCACCCAAGAUGUUGCUUAAAUUUAAUGCUUCUCAAAUGUGUUCAUGUGCAAGCACCUCCAGAAAGUCUGGCAAAAUUCCCCGAAGCCAUAGUGUUUAAAUUUAAAAUAAUUAAUAUCUAAACUUAUGAUAAACCUAACAUAUUAUUGUACAUUUACUUCAAAUGAUCAUUCUAGAAAUAGAAAUAAUAGGCAUCACUAGCUAAAGAAGAUUUUGAAAGAAAAAAAAUUAAGACUAAAUUAAUUUUAAAACUUUCACCUAUGAGGGAUUGGAACCUAGGCCUCCAUUCCCUACCCCUGCCAAAAAAUUCUUUAUUUAACUUUGGAGGCAGAAUUUGUUGAGUUAGUUCAUGAAGUGGCAGUGUUCUGUUAGGAGUACAGUCUGAACUGAAUAUAUAUAUGUAGAUAGGUAUAGAUUAAUGGUGUAUUGAUUAACCAAUGCAACAUUUAAAACAAAAUGAAAAAAAAGAAGAUAUUAAUGUAAAAUGAGGCUGGGAUGUGAUGUGUCUUAUGAUAAGAAUCAGGGGUUUAAAAGCAAGAACUUAGAGUUCCCUGGUAGCUCAGUAGGUGAAGCAUCCAGCGUUGUCACUGCUCUGUCUCUGGUUACUGCUAUGGCCACAAGUUCUAUUUCCAGCCUGGGAAUUUCUGCAUGCCAUAGGCAUGGCCAAAAAAAGGAGAACUUAUGUUUGAUUCUUAGGUGUUGCAUGAUAACUAAGCAUAUCAGAAAAUAGUUCAUGUACAUUUAAUUAAUCUGUUUAAAAUUGUAUAGAGCUAACCAAACUUUUCUGGUUCGGUGGAAAGGAAAGAGGGAACCAGUGGAAGAGUAGCUUUGCUUUGCUGUCUCUUUCUGCAUCUACGCAUGGGGAGCAAACUGGUGACUGGCUAGCACAGCUAGGGCGCUCUGACUUCCGCAGCCAAGUUCCCAGAGAUGAAAUGUUUUUCCUGGAUUUAAUACUAAAAACUUCUUUUAACCUAAUUCUGGUAAAAAUAAAUUCGCCAUCAUCAUUUUCUUUCUCUCGCCUACCAAUUGGCACUUAAAACAAUUUAGAGCCAUGAGGCUGGGCUCUCUCGGUUAGAUUUUAAAGGAUAAAGGGAGCUGAGGCGGGAGGAUGAAUCUUGCAGAAAGGAUUGAGUGGGCCAUGACCCCAAAUCCGUCACCUUGCCUCUGUGUUCUUUUUUUUUCAUUUUUUUUUUUGGCCGCCCCAUGGCAUAUGGAGGUCCUUGGCCAGGGAUCAGAUCCAAGCCGCCGUUGCAACCUACACCACAGCUGCAGUAAAUGCUGGAUCCUACUGUGCCGUGCCAGGGAUCGAACCUAUGUCCCAGUGCUCCAGAGAUGCCGCUGACCCCGUUGUGCUACAGCAAGAACUCCUGCAUGUGUUCUAAUUAGACCCUGGAGACUAUAGGCUACUCUCUGCCCUGUUUUAAAGAGGCCAUAGGUGUGACUCAAGGAAAUCCACUCUCCUAUCAGGCCCCCUUCUUUAAUCUCUCUCCCAACUUUAUCAAUAACACUUAGCUGGCAGAUACUUCAGGUUGUCAGUCACCCUUCUGUAUGAAUGAUUUUUUUAUGAGUUUGCUUUCUUUCAAGGAUUUUUAAAAUAAGGGAAGAACGAAGAAUUUUGAAUUCAUGAAAGAGAAAGAUUGUGCGGUCACUUGGGGACACAGGGAAUUUGGGGAGAGGGCCAGCCCAAGAGAGGUAUUUGCACAGUCAGAGAGUAACAGGAAAACCAAGGCCUUCGAGGGCCAAGAGAGAGGCCACCAAGGGGACCUGAGUGGUAACAAAAACAACAUUGCUUCUUAAUUUGCCCCAGGCCAGGCCCUUCCUUUUCCUUCUUUUCUCAAGCCGGUGGCAGCUGCCUUUUGAUUUUGAUGAAAUUGUCACCAGCCCUUUCUCUGUGCCUCGCCUUAUUUGGGGUGUGGAGUCAAGAAAAGAGCUGGGUAUAUGCUGAUCUGGGGGCUUUGUCAGGAUGGGCCUGAACUAGUUGUGGGGACAAGCAUGGCAUGUGUGAGCAGUGCUGGAUUCCUUCAAGCCCUCUGGACUCACCAAUUGAGUGCCUGUCUAAAAUUGUCUAUUUCGUGCUCUGCUUUCUGUUUUCUAAUUUGUGCCUGAAAUCUAGAUUUUUAGAUUUAGACAUUUUAAAGAGUAAUCUUUCUUUUAAAGUCUUCUUAUUUUUAAUGUCUAGCAGUCUUUCUGUAUAUGUGUAAGGUGAAAGUUAUGCUGUUUUAGCGAGAAAGAAAAUAUCUUUUGGAAGCUUUCAUUUUUUUUCCCCCCAGUGAAUGUUCCUUAAUUUUCAUGUACAGGUUAUUUUUUCCUAUUUUUGUAAGGAAGCAGCUGGCUCUCCGUCUAAAAUGCAGUGAGGUUUGUUUUGCCAUGUUUUUAGCAGAGCUUUAAUUUUGCUAUUGCAGAAGUUACUUUGCUUUUAGAGAAACAUGGCAGGGUAAAAGAAGCAAAAAAAUCAAUGCAUAAAGCAAUAUUUACAGGUACAGGAUGGAAUAAAACAAUAUUAACUUGA